UCACCUGUAGCCACAUUUCAGAUUUCUGGGACAAUACAGGGAGCAACUCCCUUGAAACGUCUGGAAUACACUGGUGGUGAAUGAAAUAAGACUUCGUAGAUAAUCACCUGCCUUUCGUGGUGGUGGCUUCCCUACUCAGCAGGCUGGGAGUGGCUGUACGAUGCCUGAACUGCAUAACUUUCCCCCCCUGAGGGACCCCAGUGGCCCUGAGCUGGGUUUAAAUGCACCCGCAGACCCAGCUCGAAUCCAGCACAGCAUCCUGGAGGAGCAGGUGGAGCUGUGGUGGUUCAGAGAUCCCGGGAAGUCUGUGCUCUGCUACUGCGUGGCCGUGCUCCUGAUCCUGGGCUGUGGGCUGGGAGGCGUCGGCCUUCUCUCCACCACCACCAGCGUCUCCAGCGAAUGGCGGCUGGGCGUGGGCACGGCGCUCUGCCUGCUCGCCCUGGGCGUGCUGCUCAAACAGCUGCUCAGCUCGGCCGUGCAGGACAUGAACUGCAUCCGAAGCCGCCAGCGCAUUGACAUGCUGAAGAGCGGCGGUUUGUCCGACCUCCUCGUGGUUUCCAUCACGGGGGUGUCACUGUUAAUCUGCGGAGGGGUGCUGCUGCGUCUGGCCCUGGUGAACCACAUGCCGAAGCCAGGCCAGGCCCUGAAUGACAUGUACAUCUCCGGAGUGGUUCUGCUGGCUGGAGGGGGGGCGGCAGUAGUGGGUGUUGUGAUUUAUUUCAUCGUGGUGAUCCUGCUGGAGAGGACAAGGCCCGGACGCAGGCUGCUGGACCGGGUGUUGAAUGUCUUCACUGUCUCUGGACGCAUGGAGCGCCAGGGUCGCAGAGAGACCACCUCCAGUCUGGCAAACCUCAUAUGAGACAGAACCACAAUAAAGUGUGUAAUUUGGAUCCUUGCUUUUAAUAUCAGAACAUUUCGCCUCACGUUAGAGGGACAAUGAUGAAAACACUUUUCACACACCGUACGUCAGCAGCUCGGUCACAUGGGACAUGUCUCCCCGGUGAAGAAGUGAACGAGUCCUCAAGUGUUUGUCUUUUUGUUUUGUCUUCAGGUCUCUGACAGAGACGCAGGCACAACAAGGAGAAAUGCUGAUUCCAUUAGUAUUUAGAACGAUUUUUCUUUUCAAUGAAAAGCACAAAUUCUAUCGAGUGUAAUAUCGGUUCCAAAACAGGAGUGUUUUCAUGUUAUUGUUAUCACACCGAAUUUAUUACAAAGGAUCUGUAGUGUUUGAUUACGCUCUUGUCAAAUAAUCUCUGACGAUGUAACACAAAGUUGUAAAUCUGCACAACGGUGGAUGAGACGUCUCACACAAGCGCACUAACAGAAAGAUUAUUGCACGAAUAAAAAGCCACAACACAAAUGCUAUCACUACAACUUAGAUGCAAAAGCCACAACACAACUGUAAAAACCCACACAACGGAAACACAACCACAAUGGAAUAUAGUGGCUGCGGUUGUUGACUAAAAUGAGCAGAGAUACUUACUGCGGCCACGGUCGCCUGUAAAAAACCCAGUCAAGCCGAUCGCUGCUUAAAGGUUCAGUGUGUAGAAUUUAGUGACAUCUAGUGGUGAAGUUGCAAUUUGCAGCUGAAUACCCCCUCAUCUCACCCCCCCUUCCAAAGGGAGAAAGAGAACUUGUGGUAGCCUUCAGUUGUCAUAAAAACUCAAAAGGUGUAAAAAAAAAAAUGGCGGCCUCCGUGGAGAGAAACCGCUACCGAUGUAAAUAUAAAGUAUUUAAAUAUAAAGGGGUCAUUCUACGAUAAAGAAAACAACAACUCGCACAAUUUAGAUGAAACACACUAGUCAAAACAUCAGUAGGAUUAUUUUAUAUUAAAUUUCUGCCAAUAGAUUCUUUCCCGUUAUGGUACAGGUGCAUUCUUUCGGGUUUCGGGUGCUUCAGGCAGUGCUUUGCUCACUUCUGUUGAGGUUGUGAUUCUGUUGUGUUGCUUUUGCAGUUGUGUGUCUUCUGUUAAGACCCUUGUGUGGGUGUCUCGACCUCAGUAACACACAGAUGGAGAAGCAGGAAGCUGGUUUGUCGAAGGUGAUGUGAGGCUGUGGUUAAAGGGGCCAGUUACACGCCUGUGUGUGUAUCUGUUCUAAACAUGUAUCCUGUCAAAGUGCUCUUGGACCACACGUCUGUCCUCG